AUGGACGCCAAUAUACAGAAGGCGCUGAAUGAUAAGCUCUACGAUAAACGGAAAGGCGGGGCCCUGGAGCUAGAGACCCUUAUACGAGAUUCUCUUGCAGUCGGCAACCAUGAACGGAUCCAGAAGAUAGUCACCCAGCUCUGCGACGACUAUGCUUACCAAGUACACCACCCACACGCACGGAAUGGAGGCCUGAUAGGACUGGCUGCGGCGUCAAUCGCUCUCGGCUCGGAAGUCGCCAGAUACCUUCGUGAGAUCGUUCCUCCCGUACUCGCCUGCUUCUCCGACCAAGAUGCCCGGGUUCGAUAUUACGCCUGCGAGAGCAUGUACAAUAUUGCCAAGGUUGCGAAGGGCGAGAUCCUCCUCUACUUUAAUGAGGUCUUCGACGCACUCUGCAAGCUUGCUGCGGAUUCGGAGAUGUCAGUCAAGAACGGUGCAGAGCUGCUCGACCGACUCGUCAAGGACAUUGUCUCGGAGUCCGCGUCAUCCUACGUCUCCGUGUUAAGCACUUCAGACCGCACGUCUGCGAAUGUAGAUACUAAUGGGGAUGACUUCGCUCAUCCCGAUGUAGAGACCGCGUUCUCCUUGCCACGCUUCAUACCUUUGCUUCAGGAGAGAAUGAACGUUCUCAACCCCUUUACACGGACCUUUCUGGUUCAGUGGAUUACCCUGCUUGAUCAAAUACCCGACCUGGAACUGGUUGCGUAUCUACCAUCGUUCCUUGGAGGCAUAUUCAAAUUUCUUAGCGAUCCCAACCCAGACGUCCACACACAGACCCAGGUUACUCUGGAGAGGUUCCUGGCAGAGAUAAAAAGGAUCGCUCGGAUAAAACGAGGCAUCGCAGAAAGCCGUAAGAGCCAGGGUGAUGACGGGCUAAAGCCCUCAGACUCGGAUUCUGACAGCAGCAAGAGCAUGCGAAGUGCCUCGCUCGAGGGCGCAGAGACUCAUAGUGUAGAUACGGACUCAGAUAGCGCGGCUGAUGGAAAGUCCGCUGGGGCCGACGGUGAUUGGAUUCCUGGCCAAGAUGUCCAGGUUGAUCACCCCAAGAUCCUGGACAUUCUGGUAACAUUUCUCAGCGAUUCAUCUGAGGAAGAAAUUCAGCUUACCGCUCUUCGAUGGAUUGACAGCUUCUUCGAAAUAUGUCCCGAAGACAUACUCCCCUUCAUACCACGUCUUCUGUCACACGUCUUGCCCGCGUUGUCGAGCGAUGUCGAACAAGUCCGGCAGGCUGCCAGCCGCGUGAACACAUCGCUGACAGAAUAUAUCAUGUCCCUGCCUGACAGCCCUUCGAAAACAAAAACCGACGAAGCGCAUCAACUCAGCACCUUCGAACGGAGAGACUCAAAUAUCUCAAACAAAGCCAGUAAAUCAAGCAGCCGAGAUAUAGCCCUAGAGCCAAAGGCCAUUGAAGGCAAGGCCACGGAAAGCGCAGCGCAACCUGAGCGACAAGCUUCGUCGCCUGAAGGACGACCGCCUACGCCGCGGCAAGCUACUGAUCUGGAUUACGAUGCAACUGUCAACGCGCUCACUCUGCAGUUCCUUAAUGAGCAUGAAGCUACACGAGUGGCCGCUUUAGCGUGGUUGAUAAUGUUGCACCGAAAAGCGCCCUCAAAGACCCUAGCGAUUAACGACGGCACAUUUCCAGCGCUUCUGAAGACCCUGUCUGAUCCCUCUGAGGCAGUUGUCACGCGCGAUCUAGUUCUUCUUUCUCAGAUAUCCCGAAACAGCGACGAUUCGUACUUUACCUCCUUUAUGGUGAACCUUUUAAAGCUUUUCUGCACCGACCGCCAGCUACUCGAGACGCGAGGCAACCUGAUUAUCAGACAGCUUUGCGUUAGUUUGAGUGCGGAGCGAAUAUACCGCACAAUGGCCGACUGCGUGGAGAAAGACGAGGACGUCGAAUUCGCCAGUAUUAUGGUUCAGAAUCUCAAUAACAACCUCAUCACUGCUCCGGAGCUUGCAGACCUGCGCCGACGUCUAAGAAACCUUGAGACUCGAGACGGCCAAACAUUCUUCAUCACCCUCUUCCGGUGUUGGUGCCACAAUGCUGUAGCAACAUUCUCACUAUGUUUACUGGCGCAGGCCUACGAGCAGGCCUAUAACCUCCUCCAAAUCUUUGGCGAGCUAGAAAUGAAUGUCCACGUCCUCAUCCAAAUCGACAAGCUCGUCCAGCUCCUCGAAUCCCCCGUCUUCACCUACCUCCGCCUCCAGCUCCUCGAGCCCGAGAAAUACCCCCACCUCUAUAAAUGCCUCUAUGGCCUCCUCAUGCUUCUCCCGCAAUCCUCGGCAUUCGCGGCCCUCAAAAACCGCCUCAACAGCGUCAGCGCAAUAGGCUACCUGCACAUCGCGCCGCGAACGUACGUUGCCACUGCCCCUCCCGCCUCCGUCUCCUCCCUGUACCAUGCACGGCAGAAGAGCUCAGAUACCCCGCCCGCGUCUAGUAACUCCGCGCCGUCGGCCGUGAGCAACUUUGAGCGCCCGGUGAGGCUCAAGGCGAGGGAGGAACAGGGGAUUAAGUGGGGAGAGCUGUUGGAGAAGUUUCGGAAUACGCAGGAGAGGGCGAGGAGGCCGUCGAGGGGGGUGGGCGGGGAGGAGGGCGAGAGCGCACAGAUGGGACUGGAGAAGGAGAGGAAGAUCCCCGUGGAGGCGCAGCCGAGACAGCUGAGACCGCCGAGUGCGGGCAGCGUGACGAGGACGCAGACGGCGCCUCCGGGGAGUCUGAAGCCAAAGUCGGGGCUGAGCAACUUUGGGAGACUUGCUGGUGGCGUUGCGGGGCGAAAACCGAAGCGGUAG